CAUAGUUUCUGUCAUUUUUUCUCUUCAUUUAAUUUUCACAUGAAUUUCAGUUAAUUUAUUGUAAUUUUAUUAAUAUUUCGUUUGAAUACUAAUUAUGUUUUGAUUAUUACUUUUUACGUAUUAUUUCGUCAUUUAUUUGUAAAUAAUUAUCAAUUAAUUUGAACUCAAAUUAAUUGCAAAACAAGUUUUUUCAUUAAAAAAUCAUUGAAUGUUUGGACCAUUUUGUGAGCAAUUGAUGCCAUUAUUAGUCAUUUGAUUGCAUUUUAGUUACUUUGAGUACAAAAACACUUUUGGACUAAACAAUGGCUGAAUCGGAGAUAAUAAUGGGAAAGUGGAGGAGAGAGCAGAUCUUGGGUUCGGGAGGGUUUGGUGUGGUUUCCCUUUGGAUCCAUUUGGACACCAAUGAGAGGAUUGCACUGAAACAGUGCCGAUGGAGUGACGCCAACGCAGGCAUGUCUCAGAAACACAAAGAGCGGUGGCGCCAAGAGGUGGAUAUAAUGCACCGCCUGGACUGUCCUAAUGUGGUCCGUGCGGUGACAAUCCCUCCGGCGCUCGACUCGCCUAAGUCUGAGCUCCCGAUUCUGGGAAUGGAGUUCUGCAGCGGCGGUGACCUGAGACGAGUGCUCAACAAACCGGCCAACAGUUGCGGCCUAACAGAGCUGGAAGUGCGACAAAUCCUGCGUCAGCUUCAGUCCAAACGCAUAAUUCAUAGGGACUUAAAGCCGGAGAAUGUUGUCCUUCAGCCCCAAACCGACGGCUCUAUACUUUACAAACUCAUAGACUUGGGUUACGCCAAAGAGUUGGAUCAGUCGAGUCUCUGCUCCUCAUUUGUGGGCACUCUUCAGUAUUUGGCGCCCGAAUUGUUUCUAAGCAAACAGUAUUCUUCGGCGGUCGACAACUGGAGUUUUGGUUUGUUAGCGCACGAGAUAAUGGUCGGCCGAAGACCUUUUCUGCCCAAUUAUAGUCCCGCCCAAUGGAUACCCAUUGUGUCGAAGAAGUCUUCGUCAGACAUCUGCGCGAACGUCGAUAAAGACGGAAACGUUUCGUUUUCCAAAGAGAUAUCAAUUUAUAAUCAAAUUUGUUCAUCACUUAAAUUCAAUUUAGAAAACUAUCUUCGAAUGGUGUUAGAGUGGGAGCCAAAGAAAAGGGGCGGAAAAAUGGUGUUUCAAAUGCUGUCCGAUAUUCUUAAUAAAUACAUCGUUGAAGUGUUUGUCAUCAAUAGUCUUGAGUGCUAUUCAUAUGAGAUAACAGAAGACACGAAACUACUUGACCUUCAAUUGCUAAUUGAUUCAAACACAUCGAUUAAUUGCAAUAAUCAGUAUCUCGUUCUUCCAAAAGGACUCAUUCCUCAGGAGAAUAUCGGUAAACAAAUUAUCGACUAUUGGUAUAAGAAGGACGACAACCAACACAAAGACACGCAAACCAUUUGCAUAUUAAUGUUUGAUAAGUCAAAAGUGUCCGAAUAUAACAGCUAUUCCGCGUGUGUUAUCCCCCAAUCGGUCGAAGAGAUUAUGUUAAACCCGACCGAAGGCAUGGCUUACGAGGAACAGAAGAACGCCUGGCGUCACGCCGUUUGGGUUGCACAACAGGCCAUCAAGAAAUAUGUCACUCUUCACGAGGGCUUUAAGAAUAUUUUGAUGAAUUGUUUGAGUUCUCAAAACGAAAUGCAAAAAGUGAGCCAAAAAGUGAACGUAGAGUUUAGCAAAUUGUUUGCAAUCACACAGUUCUUCAAGAACUCCAUUAAAAUCAAUCUCGAAAACUGUGAAAAGUUUGCCAGCAAUUCAUCGACAGCUCUGUUGCGGUCAUCCAAAGAGGCGUUGCUUGAGUUGCGGGAAGUGUACGCAAUGUCCGAUACAGUCAAUAACCUGUUCAUGAAAUCGCAUUCAAUAGUCGACAAAGUAAUUGACGCUCAAAGGAAUCCCAUAUUCAAUGCGUUUAUUAAGUCGAAACCAAUUGACGAAUCGAUUACAUCGAUAUAUAACGAAAUCCUUUCGGCUUUCGAUCAGUUGAGGAAACGGUCGAAAGAGGAGAGGAGUCGUCGAUAUGAUAACACAGUUAUGGUUAAACUUUUAUGCGAUUGUUUUCAAUUGGAAGAAAAACUAAUGAAAAACAUUUACUCUUAUAUCCGAAAAUUGAUUGAAAUUUUGCUUCAAAUCCAAAUACACGAAAGGGAUUUGCAAUUGAUUACGAAAUCAGUGUCCGUUUCGAUGCAUAAAUUGAAUUCUUUACAAAUUAAAGUGCAAAACGAUUUGUGGUCUUAUAUCGAGUCGACCGCUAAAGACAAAGCCAUCGCUGAAACCAAUAUAAACGCAAUGAACAGUUCGCUCACAUCCGACGAACUCGUCACUGAAAACGAGAAACUUAUGAAAUCCAUCGAAACUAUCAUUUCUCGUAUGCAUUCCGUCGACAGCAAUGACUCCAGUGAUGACUCUUUCGUACAUUUAUAAGACAUUUUCAUUUCAUUAAACAUUUUAUACGAC